AUGGCUUCGGCUUUGACUACCGUUUGCCUUGAAGAUGAGCUGGCAGCGAUGCCUGCACCAUGGCGUGACCGAGUGCAGCACCAUGCUCGUCGCUUUCACGAGAAGGAUGCCACAACGGUCCUGAAUCGCUACGAGCAGCAGAGGAGAAUCAUGAGCCGGCCGCAGCUUGAAAAGCAUGCCUUUCAUGUGGCAUCCUGGCUGGUGCUUCCAGAGGUGAGAAGAAGCCACGGCGAUUCCGUGGAGGCGCUGCUGUCCAGGUACUUGGAGUCCUUGGAUGGGCAGCCACUUUGCGAGCGCCUGAAAGUGGUUCUGUCACUUGUCUCGGCCAGUUCGGGAGUUGCAGGGUUCUCAGGGUUGCUGGGCAAAGGGCAGAAGAGAAAGGUGGAGAUGAUGCAAGCAGAAGAGCCAGAAAAGCCGGCUUCCAGCAAGCCAGUUGAUGCCUGCGGUGAGAAGGCUUUGCGCCUGAUGCAGAAGGCCAGCCAAACGUGGCAGAACCACCCGUCCGAGUGCCGGGAAGCGUACGUGGAGUCUCUGGAGCAAGAGAUGCAAGAGGCCGACGGAGCUGAGAACUCGGCCACGCUGCGCAUGGUCCUGCGCCGAGCCGUAGCUGCGCUUUCCCCGCCACGGCGUUUGGGUGAUGAAUGCGAGGGCGAGAACUUGCAAUCCCGGCUUCGCAAAAUCGUGCUCCGCUGCCUGGAUCGAGUGGACUUGGCAGAUUUGCGCCUUGCGCCGGCGCAGCAAUGCUUGCAGUCACUGCUCCAAACGUUUCAGGAGCUGGUCACCAGUGAAAGCAUGAUCUCUUGCAAGAAGCAAUGGGCUCGGCUACAAGCCAAGUGUGCGAGCACCAUGCCACCUGAAGCUCGAAGUUUGGGAGUUGCAGGGCUCUCGGGGUUGCUGGGCAAAGGGCAGAAGAGAAGGGUGGAGUUGAUGCAGGCAGACGAGCUGGAAAAGCCGGAUUCCAGCAAGCCAGUUGAUGCCUGCGGUGAAAAGGCUGUGCGCCUGAUGCAGAAGGCCAGCCAAACGUGGCAGAACCACCCGUCCGAGUGCCGGGAAGCGUACGUGGAGUCUCUGGAGCAAGAGAUGCAAGAGGCCGACGGAGCUGAGAACUCGGCCAAGCUGCGCACGGUCCUGCGCCAAGCCGUAGCUGCACUAUCCCCGCCACGGCGUUUGGGUGAUGGAUGCGAGGGCAAGUUGCUGGCAUCCCACGCAUCCAACGACCAGGCGACGCUGGCCACCAACCUGCAAUCCCGGCUUCGCAAAAUCGUGCUCCGCUGCCUGGAUCGAGUGGACCUGGCAGAUUUGCGCCUUGCGCCGGUGCUGCAAUGCUUGCAGUCACUGCUCCACGCAUUUCAGGAGCUGGUCACCAGUGAAAGCACAAUCGCUUGCAAGAAGCAAUGGGCUCGGCUACAAGCCAAGUGUGCGAGCACCAUGCCACCUGAAGCUGGAAGCUCAGGAGUUGCAGGGCUCUCGGGGUUGCUGGGCAAAGGGCAGAAGAGAAAGGCGGAGAUGAUACAAGCAGAAGAGCCAGAAAAGCCGGAUUCCAGCAAGCCAGUUGAUGCCUACGUUGACAAGGCUGUGCGGCUGAUGCAGAAGGCCAGCCAAACCUGGCAGAACCACCCGUCCGAGUGCCGGGAAGAGUACGUGGAGUCUCUGGAGCAAGAGAUGCAAGAGGCCGACGGAUCUGAGAACUCGGCCAAGCUGCGCAUGGUCCUGCGCCGAGCCGUAGCUGCGCUUUCCCCGCCACGGCGUUUGGGUGACGGAUGCGAGGGCAAGACGCCGUCUAUCGCAUGCAACGACCAGUCGCUGGCCACCAACUUGCAAACCCGGCUUCGCAAAAUCGUGCUCCGCUGCCUGGAUCGAGUGGACCUGGCAGAUGUGCCUCUUGCACCGGUGCUGCAAUGCUUGCAGUCGCUGCUCCGAACAUUUCAGGAGCUGGUCACCGGUGAAAGCAGGAUCGCUUGCAAGAAGCAAUGGGCUCGGCUACAAGACAGGUGUGCGAGCACCAUGCCACCCGAAGCAGCAGCAAGCUUGUCAGCAUGUGCAAAGGGAGCCGAAGAUGGUGCUGGCAUUGCCAAGCCCGAGUUUUCAGCAUCAUGCCACCAUGGCAAGCUGAGACGAAGCUGCGCUCAAUGCAGAGGCUGUCCACAUGGCAAGCGGCCUGAACAUUGCCAGCAAUGCAGUGCCUGCCCGCACGGAAAAGUCAAGCGCAAUUGCUCGGAAUGCAAACCCUGUCCGCAUGGCAAGGCAAAACGAAUCUGCUCGCAGUGCACGGGAUGUCCGCACGGUAAGAAAAAACAAUACUGCCUGCAGUGUAGCGCAUGCCCACAUGGCAAGAUCAAGCGCAACUGCGUGCUGUGCAGCGCAUGCCCACAUGGAAAGAUCAAGCAGAAUUGCUUGCAGUGCAGCGCAUGCCCACAUGGCAAGAUUAAGAAGAACUGUGUGCAGUGCAGCGCAUGCCCGCACGGCAAGCUGAAGACGAACUGUCGUAUGUGUGCCGAAGCGAGGGGAAAAGUGAACUGCACGCUUUCAGGCUAG